UUCUCCAUUCAUCCAUUCCCAAAGUAUUGGAAAUACGGAAGUAAAAGGAAAAAUAAAAGUUACUUUGACCAUCAUAUAUCUCUAGGUUCUCUAUAUAACUCAAUCGGUUUCAAGUUAUCAAUAUCAAUAGCUAUGGCAAAGCAAACAAACCUAGACAUUUUCUGUUGUGGAUUUGCAAAUAUCUUGGACGAACAAUGGCAAGUCGAUGUGCUGCUCAAAGGAGGGGACAGUGAUCCAGGUGCAGCAAUCUCCGCCCACAAACUUGUUCUGGCCGCAAGAUCAAAGGUCUUUAAAAAGAUGCUGGAGGAGGAUGAGUGUAAAGCUUCGUCGGGGAAAGAGAUAAUCACUCUCUCGGAGAUGACACACGAAGAGGUAAAGUCUUUAGUUGAGUUCAUCUACAGUAAUGGCUCAAUGCCUUAUGCUGGGCAUGCUCGGUCACUCUAUCUCGCAGCGGACAAAUAUGAGAUCCCGCAUCUACGGGACCUGUGCCGAAACGAGCUUAUAUCUUCUCUGGAUUCGUUUAAUGCUCUUGACGUUUUUGAGCUUGCCCAAAUCCCUUUCGACCAGGCCUUCAACGAUGCUGCCUUGGGUUGUAUCAAAACGAAUAUAACCACAAUUACUGACUCUGACGAGUUCAAGUUGUUUGUUGCCAGUAACCCAAAUCUUACUGUGGAGAUAAUGAAAGCUUCUCUCUACAGGGGUAAUACAAACGGAUCAUACUGUUAUAGCUGUAGACGCUACUGGUAG